UCCCGUUACUGUACGGACACGGAUUUCAAUCCGUGAUGUACUGUAACCGUUGGAUGGGUAGUUAAUUUGAUCCAACGGUUGGGGUUCAUGUAGGGGUUCAUGUAGGGGUAAUUAGGUAUGAAAAAAUGGCUACCGGUUACUUUUUUUGAAAUUUAAAUUUAUUAAAAAUGGAAAAGUGAAAAGUGACAUCCAUCCAUCAAUCAAGUCUAAUCAACCGUCGUACUCCUCCACUCCUCCACUUCUUCACUUUCAUUUUCUUUCAUUGUUCUAUUUAUCAUUCGUUUUUCCAUUUUCGUCUCUGCUAGGGCAAAGUUCUUCCUCUUCUAUUUUCUUUUCAUUUUCCAUUUUGUUUUUCCAUUUUCUAUUUUCGUUUGAGGUAGUAAAAACCAUAUUGUACAUUGUGGUGACUGUGGUGUACAUUACUCGAAGUGCCAUUGUUGGAGUUGUUAGAGGGGGGUGUCGACGGUGAGUUAUACAUUACUCCGUUCUACUUUACAUACAUUUUCUUAUUGACAGAAAAAAAAAAUAUAUUUUUGAAGGGAAUGUGGUGUUUUUCCAUUUUCGUGUACUUAAUAGUUUCAUUUUGUCUCAGGUGUGGAGGUUGAGGUGGUGAAGGGAGUUUGCAUAUCUUUGUCGAGGUUUAUAAAAUGGUAUUUAAACGGAAGAGGGGGGCUGCUGCAGACAAAAAGGAUGCAGCAGAGAUAAAGAAGAAGGAUCCGAAGGAAGCUUGGCCGAAGUACUACCAAGCCAAUUUCUAUGCUUAUGCUGAUGCACACAAAGAGAAACCUAAAGCAGAUGUGCUUCGUAGUUUUAAGGAGCAAUUCAAGCUUCUUAGCGAUGAAGAGAUUGAGAAUUGGGCUGCAUACGAAGUCGAGGCUUCCCCCUCCAAGGUUGGUGGUAGAGGGAAAGGGAAGAAGGUGAAGGAGACAUUAUCUGCUGAGCCAGGGAUUGACAACAACGAAGGUGUGGGGGACGUUCAAGUUUCUGGUCGUUGCUCAUUCGAGCGUUUGGGGAGAAUAGUCCCACUGCUCAACGAGGCUCAAAAAGAAAUGGUGAGAAAUGCCGGUUUCUCAACAUUUUUAAGGGAGGAUGCCCCGUACAUAGACGCUAAGAUAGUUAGUUGGCUGAUCGAUCACGUGGAUCCAACCACUUCUCGGCUGGAGAUAUUUGGAAGAACAAUCCAACUAUCCUCCAAGCUGUUUGAGGAUGUCAUGGGAAUCCGGGAUGGCGGAGAACCCGUGGCAACCGAAAGUGAGCGUGACCUGGUUGAGUUUGACGUCCUCUUCAAGGCCAAGGACUAG